AUGAAAACCUUUGAUAAACAACCUAUUGAUGGUAUUCUUGGUUUGGCCUUCCCAACUAUUGCUGUUGAUGGUGUCACUCCUCCAUUCUUUAAUGCCGUCGAGCAAGGACUUGUUGAUCAGCCCAUUUUCACUGUCUUCCUCGAGCAUGUUGGGGGAAGUCCCUUCAAUGUAAAUGCGGAUUUAGAUCAAGACAAUGUUUAUGGUGGAGUUUACACUUACGGAGGAUUAGACACAACAAAUUGCGGACCUGUACUUGCCUACCAACCUUUAUCCUCUGCAACGUACUACCAAUUUAAGGUAAAUGCCAGAGCAUCCACCAAUCUCUAUAGUUCUUUUAUACUGAUUUUGUUCCAGCUCGAUGGCGUUGCAUCAAACACCUAUUCUUCAAACAAAGGCUGGCAAGCUAUAUCCGACACUGGAACCUCUCUCCUAGCUGCCCCGACUUCUAUUGCUAGCUCAAUUGCCCAGGCUAAUGGGGCCACUGUAAGUAAUAGUGGGAACAAAAUUGAAAUUUUCUUUCUGUAA